CAGUUAUCCUACUCCUGUCAUGGUCAAGAAAGAGACACCUGCUGCUACCAGCUCCAAGCCACUGCCGGCCCCCAAGGCUAACCCUAGGACCCGUGCUUCCACAGCAAAGAAGAGGAAGGGCUCUGAAAUCAGUGCCCCAGGCUCCGAGGGGUUCUCCUAUGAUGAACUCAGCUUCUCCGACUCCUUAGAGCCCAUGACAUCCUUCCUCAACAAGGGCCUUCAGCAUCUGCUCCACCUGUACAACGAUGCCUGCGGUACUGUUGCACUCCACGAAGCCAGGAUCAAACAGCUCGAAAGCACAGUUGCUGACCAAGGCGCCAUCGCUGAAGCAAAGUCCCGGCAUUACGAGAGCUUAAUGAAGAAAGUUACCCAAGAGGCUGAGCUCAAACUUGCCACCGCAGAAAUGGAUCACGAGCAGGCCAUGGUUUCUUUCCGAGAAGGGAUUAAGGCCUUCGCCAUCGUCUCCUUGCUACAAGCCCGCAUUAAGAUGGCCUAUGAGGCCAAGGAGACAGGCCUCGUGUGCCCAGCUUGGCCGGCGGACUCUUGGGUGGCCAAACUGAAGGAGCUUGGAGGGAAAGCUGUGCCACUCCCUACAGAAGCCGGUGAAUCCUCCUAG